AGCUCUCUCCGCGCGGCCCAUGUAUAAUAGAUUGCCAGCUACUGCUGUUGAGAUCUUCCUCGCUCAUAUGCACGUGCGGUUCGUUUCCCGGCCGGCCACCUCUCGCAGCCUCUCUCUGCCCUGAGUGCCUCUGCGACCUUCCGACGUGCAGUUUCGCAGCAUCCCUCAGGAACACGAGAUCGAUCGACGACAGCAGCAAAAAUCUACCUGCGCUUCCCAAAAAUAACUGGGAUCAAAUUGUGCUCUGCGACUUUUCGUGCACCUAGUCCAUGAUGGCGUACCUCAAGGACCCCCAUCACCCCCAAUUCCAGCCGAACCACUUCCUGCAGGGCUUUCCAUUCGGCCCGAUGCACCACGCGUCCAGCUCGGCCAUGCACCACGGCGUGCCGCGCCUCGGGGGCUCGCCGGACCACCUCGGCUCCCUGGCUGGCCCCGGCUACGGACAGUGCAAUCCCAGGAAACAACGAAGGGAACGCACCACCUUUUCCAGGGCGCAGCUGGACGUGUUGGAAUCGCUGUUCGCCAAAACGCGGUACCCUGACAUCUUCAUGCGCGAGGAAGUGGCCCUGAAAAUCAGCCUACCCGAAUCCAGAGUCCAGGUUUGGUUUAAAAACCGACGGGCCAAGUGCAGACAGCAGCUGCAACAACAGCAGAACUCGAGCGGCCCUCUCUGCUCCUCUCCUCCGUCCGCCAAAGCCCGCUCGACCUCGCGCCGUCCCGCUAACAACACAAACACAAGCACAAAUCAAUCCAAGUCGCCAGUGCCGUCAGGAUCGUCACAUCCGCAGCCGUCGCAGCACCCGAGUCCCCCUCCCCUCCACCUGGUGUCCGGCUCGAAAGUGUCCCUCCGCGGUCCCGGCUCGGACAGCUCGAGUCCGCCGACGCCGACGACGCCCACUUACGCGUCGCCGGCGACGCCGACCGUCGGCGCCGAGUCGUACUCGAACUUCUCGACCUUCUGGAACCAGAACAACCAAAACCACCGGACGUACUACCAGCAGACGGCCCCCGGCAGCGGCUACUACGGCAGCAUGGAAUACUACCAGCCGGCCAGCGGCCAGACAAGCUACUUCUCGGGCCACGGCCACCACCUCAACAUGGCCGUGCACCACCACCAAAUGGGCUACGGCCACCACCAGCAGCAGCCCAAGAGCGAGUGCAUGGUCUCGGACUACUCGAGCGGAAUGGUCCUCUAAGUCCUCGACCGGGGCGAAACCAGUGCCUUCUGUACAUUUUCGCGCGCACCUCCACAAAUUUCAUAGGUCACAGCACUAAAAAAAUAUAGAACAUGUGUAUUUUAAGUUGGGCAAAAUUUGAAAGGGAUUAGGAAAUUCAAAAAAUAUAUGAGAAAUUUCAGGUUUUUUUCUUGUCUUUUCUAAAAUUUAAUUGGAUCUAAAUUUUUUAAAUACAUUUUGGGAAAACUUAAAAAAUAAGCAGCAAAACUGGAAUCUUUAUCGAAAUUUAAUUUGGAUCACACUUUAUUCUUUCCAAGAGAUAAAAACCCGAACAGUAAUUAAAGAUUUUGAUAAUUUUUCAUUAUGCGACUUAAAAAUUGAAAAUUUAUAUUUUCUUUUGUUAAAUUCCCCACAUUCUGAAAAAAAACCAAAACAUUUUACACGGAAAAUAAAAAAAUUCCCUUAAUUAAUUUAUUUAAUUUCAAAUUUUUAUUAGAAACAAACAAAUUGCCUGAAAUUUUAAUCAAUUUUUGUUUAAAAUAUACUUUCAGCUGAUCAAAAAAUAAAUGAUGGCUUAUUAUUUAAAUUAGAAAGUUUUGUAAUUUUUGCUAGGUUUGAAAUUUCUGACGAUUGACUGAUUUUUGUUCGUUACACAGAAUGUUUUGAUUAUUGAGGUGCGCGCUUUGUAAAGUAAAAUUAUUGAACUAAAACUCGAUGCGAUUCUCGUACUUUUAAGUGUGUGCGUGUGGAAGAGAAAUUCGAACUCACUCUGAAAAUAAUGCAGAAUAGAGAGGGACGCAGACUGUAAAGAGACCAAAUUGCGUCUCCUCACGAUUGCUCAGCCGAUUUUGCAGCUUCUGCAGCACUUCUUCUCCUUCUUCACUUGAUUGUAAAAUGUGUUGUCGUUUUUGGAAGAAAAAAAGCAUCGUAUUCAUACGUUUUUUUUCUGUAAAUAAUGUACCCACAACAACUUUCUCUCUUAUCGCAAAGUCAGCAGAAUUUCGUGCAUUGAAAUCUAUAUCAGCAAAUAUUAAAAAUAAAAGAAAA